AUGGCUCGGCUUCGAUCGGCACCUAAGCAUCCGACGCUUUCGAUUAUGGCCAGCGCUUCGGGCAGGAAAACCCGUGCGCGUACAUCAGCAGCUCGUGGCCGCGGGCAAAACGCCGCCACGGAAGACGAAGAGGGGAAGGGCGUGAAUAUAGAAAAAGUAGCUUCUGAGAAACGACACACGACAGUAGACGGCGGUAACGGCGGCAAUGACGAGAAUAGCGAUGGCUGGGGCGAGUUCAAAGGCUUGGGAAAGAAGCUUGCCGAGUCGAAAUGGAGGCUGUCAACAGCGCAGUUCAAGCAGGUCUUCUCGGCGGAUAUGCUGAAUUCGCGACCAUUCAUGAGGCAAAUAGUGGCGUGGGCAGAGUAUGGCGAAUACACGCUGGAGCAGGCACUCGAAGCCGUAACAGAGACGCGACACCGCAUGGACCAGUGUCGGACCAAUCGUAGAAGCCGCAUUCCGAGGAAACACCAAUGGACCGCACAACACCUUACGAAGACCAUCGAGCGCCUGCAUGCCCAAGGCAAAGAACAAAAGAGCAAGAGACAACCCCAGCGCACACGCCUUUUGCGGAGCCCGAGCAUCGAGGUCGCUCGCACCGCGGAUGACCACUCGCGUUUUGAAAGGUCACCUUCCUCCGUGAUGGCGGAGUCACUGCCGCUACUAGAUGCUGACGAGAGCACGUUUGCAUUCCCCGGGUUGGGCACCGGCGAUGAGAACAGUAGUCUCGUUGGCCAAUCCCCUCCGCCCUCUGCUACUGGUGGAGCGAAUCUUGCCUCCACAAGCCGCUCGAAAGACGUACACAUCUCAUCUGCACAGCCUAUGCUAGAAGGACAGGAUGGCUGUGCCUCACGCGACGCUACGAAUGCUCCAUUCACCUCCACAAAGACCGACAAAGCUAGUGUGAUCGACCUGACGUCUCCACCAGAUGAUACAGCAGCGAGCCAUAUCACAUCCUCCACGAGCAGUCGUCGAAACGUCUCACCAGCCGAGGACCCCACGGCGGCCGUUCCGAGCAGUGACGUGCUCGGGGCCAUUCAAAGCCUCCAACCUGGUCAAUGGCUCUCCGCCUCAGCUAUAAACUGGAGUCUUGUGGUCUUGUCGCCAAGCAACGUCCGCGUUUUGGACAACACGGUGAUAGAGCUCUCUGAUCCGGCCAAGAUCCAUUGCAAGAAGCCACUGCGCUUCCAAGAGAACCAUCGCUACGUCGUGCUACCCCUCCAUCGCAAUCAAAACCACUGGGUCGUCGUUUCGCUAGAUCUCGACGCUGGCGAGGCGGAUUGGUCCUACACAGGCGGGUCGUGCGGCGUCCAGAAGAAUAGCUAUGACUGCGGCCUUCAUGUGGUUGUGACCGCCAUCCAUCACGUGGCUGGCCUUUCGCAACCGGAGAACAUCGACAGCGUCUUCUGGCGUGGCCUGUUGCAACAUCUCCUCCUUCCACUAGCCGACGACGACGUAUCGCACCCAGACGCCAUCGAUAUCUCGCAGACGACGCCAUCCUCAGAGAGCUGUAUUGUUGGCUCGCACGAGGCGUGCAACCAGGCCUGUUCUGAGGAGGACAUUCAAGCGUACGAAGGGAAGCUGAAGACAGCAGUCAAUGCAGUGAAAAAGGAGCUCCAAAAACUCCAGCGCGGGUCUGAUUUCACCGCCGUGCGCCAGGUCCUCCGGUCUGCCCAAGACGCAGCCAAUGCCGCGAAACAAGAACUUGACGUGGCUCUAGAGCCUCUGCAGCGCUUGCUAGACAAGCAGCAAGAAAUAGCGUCACUCUAUGACGAACACGUCCGGUGUCAAGCGCAGGAGUGCAUGACGCUACAGUGGCUGUCCGGCAAGUCGAAUGGCGUGAAGGAUGACGUGACGGCAACGAAGGCAAAAAUAGAGGGCCUCGCUGGGCGGCUACUGAGCGCUGAGAGUCGAUGUCGUGCGUUGCGCUCAGGCGUGGAGUUCCAGGACGGGGUGGAGAGGGCGAGGACGGAGCGGGUGGGUGAGUUGAAGGGGAGGGGUAUUUGCUUGAGGGAUGAUAUGAGAAACUUGUGGAAGGAGCGCGCGAGGAGACGGCAGUUGGAUGAGGAGGAGAUGGAGAAGGAGCUGGAGGUGUUUGGCGCGUAG